UACUGAGUCAGUGUAUUGUCGAAAUAUUGAGAGAACCAUCGUAGACUGAUUAACACAAAUUAGAGAAGGGUGGUACAUUUACAGAUCAAAAAAUUCAGAGAAAAAUAUGUGUAGACAUAAAAACAGUUCAGUCGUCAUUUAUAAAAACAUAACAGAACGAUAAAGUGACGGAUUCUUAGGAGACAUAGCCAUCUUGGACCCCAGUCCUGCGAACCCCAAACCAAAACCAAAGUCCGUCCUCCAAGAAGAAGUCGAAAGAUACAAACAAGACGUCCUCGAAGGCCUACAAGUGGAAGAAGAAGGACUGACAGACUACAUCCGUAAGAAGUCCAAGCAACACGACCCCGCAGUGACUCCUAAAAGCUACAAUGACCCCUUUGACGGGUUCACGGACCCCCAGGACAGUCACGAGGGCCCCCUGGAAAGGAAGAUUUACAAAAACGGACAAAUGCUCAAAACUGUGGAGGUUAAGAGCGGGGGGAAUAAGCCGAAAAGGUCGAGAUCUGGGAGACAUCUGGGUGGAAGUUUGGGGAGAAAGAAUGUGACUAAGGAUGGGUUGAAGAUGAGGCAUAGACGGAAGAAGAGGCAUGAGAAUCGUAGGAAGGACAAGAGUAGAAAUAAUAAAACUACACCACCAACCCUCCGAGUCUCUCAACUCAUCCCAGACUUACCUCCCCACCUAGCCCUGAGUCGCAAAAAAAUUCCGCAACCUUCUCCGCCUAGUCCAGGACCGGACUUGGCACAACACCGCAGGGUGACCCGUGCUGCCACAGCCCGUAAGGAGCGAGUUUGGGACUACGGGGUUAUCCCAUACGAGAUUGACGGAAAUUUUAGCGGAAUGCAUAAGGCAUUGUUCAAGCAGGCUAUGAGGCAUUGGGAGAACUUCACUUGUGUUAAAUUCGUAGAGAGGAACAGGGACGAGCACCAGAAUUUCAUCAUUUUUACGGAGAGACCGUGCGGGUGCUGUUCUUUUGUAGGCAAGCGUGGUAACGGUGGCCAGGCGAUCAGCAUCGGGAAAAACUGCGAUAAAUUCGGGAUAAUCGUCCACGAAUUGGGGCACGUUGUGGGUUUUUGGCACGAACAUACGCGACCCGAUAGAGACAACCACGUUAACAUCAUUAGAGAGAACAUCAUGAGCGGUCAGGAAUACAACUUCAACAAGCUAAACGAGGAAGAGGUGAACUCACUUGGCCUAACCUACGACUACGAUUCUAUAAUGCACUAUGCGAGGAACACCUUUUCUAAAGGUACCUAUUUGGACACAAUCCAGCCCAUCGACGUACCAGGAAGGAAAAGACCAGAGAUUGGCCAGAGAGUUCGGCUCAGCGAAGGUGACAUCUCUCAGACUAAUUUGUUGUAUAAAUGUCCAAGAUGUGGAAGAACCUAUCAAGCAAGUGCAGCCACAUUCUCGUCCCCUGUCUACCUUGACAACAGCCCUGAAGAACCGGUCCGAUGUGAAUGGAGAAUUUCAGCAACUCAUGGAGAGAAAAUAAUCUUGAACAUCACAAGUCUGGACAUUGAAAAAUCGCCAGACUGUAAAACAGACUACAUCGAAAUCAGGGACGGUUACUGGCACAAAUCUCCUUUAUUAGGCUUGUUCUGCGGAAUCGGGCAAUUCCAUCCGAUCCUAUCUACUGGCAGUAGAAUGUUGAUUACGUAUGUCGCCAAGAAUCCAAAGGGACAUAGGGGAUUCACAGCCAACUAUGAAGCAAUCUGCGGAGGAGAACUCAUCGUGGACACCGAAGGUCAUCUGGAGUCUCCUAACUUCCCGGAGGAAUACCAACCGAAUAAAGAAUGCAUCUGGAAGAUAACCGUCCCCGAUGAAAACCAAGUGGCCUUGAAAUUCCAGUCCUUCGACGUCGAGAAUCACGACAGUUGCGUUUACGACUACGUGGAGAUCAGGGACGGGCUGACGCCUGACAGCCCCAUUUUGAAGGUGUUCUGUGGCCACAAGAUUCCUCCAGAUGUAAUUUCGUCAGGCAAUCAGAUGUUGGUUAAGUUUGUGUCUGACGGGUCAGUUCAGAAAGGCGGAUUUUCCGCUUCUAUUAUGAAAGAAUAUGACGAAUGCUCGAAAAUUGACCACGGUUGUGAGCAACAGUGUAUCAAUACGUUGGGGAGUUAUACGUGUACUUGCAGGAUUGGGUAUGAGCUGCAUUCUGAUGGGAAGCAUUGCGAAGAUGCUUGCGGAGGGGUAUUCGACACACCAAAUGGCACGAUAACCUCCCCAUCUUUUCCAGAGUUGUACCCUCUAAACAAAAACUGUGUGUGGGAGAUCAUAGCUCAGCCUCAAUACAGGAUCACCCUCAAUUUCACUCAUUUUGAUUUAGAGGGAAACAAUAAUGGUCCUCAACAGCAAUGCGAGUAUGACAGAGUGGAUGUCUACAGUUAUUUGAAAGAGGACAAAUUGAAAAAGCAUGGAUCGUAUUGUGGACCUAGACCACCAGCUUUGAUUACAUCUGAAGGGAAUAUCAUGAGGAUUAUUUUUUAUUCGGAUACUAGUGUGCAGAAGACUGGGUUUGCGGCAGUAUUUUUCACUGAUAUGGACGAAUGUGCGGUGAACCAAGGUGGAUGUCAGCAUGAAUGCCAGAAUACUUUUGGUUCCUACGUUUGCACGUGUCACAAUGGAUAUACCUUACACGAAAAUGGGCGUGAUUGCAAAGAGGGAGGUUGCAAAUAUGAAAUUUCAACUCCCUAUGGAACUAUUGGAAGCCCUAAUUAUCCUGAUUACUAUCCUUCAAGGAAGGAUUGCGUUUGGCAUUUUGCUACUACUCCGGGUCAUAGAAUUAGGAUCGCUUUCCAGGUAUUCGAACUAGAACCGCACCAAGAAUGUUCUUACGACCACGUUGACUUUUACGACGGGCCAUCUCCCGAAUCACCAUCCCUGGGCAGAUUCUGUGGCUCCAAACUGCCUCAUUUGAUUGUGGCGUCUGGUAACCAGCUGUAUAUGACCUUCAAAUCUGAUGCUUCUGUACAAAGGAAUGGAUUCUGGGCUACGCACUCGACAGUUUGUGGUGGACUGUUGGAAGCAACUUUCGAAAAACAGCACAUCUAUUCGCAUGCGAAAUUCGGAAGCACAAACUAUGACAACAGAGUUGACUGUGAUUGGACAAUCGAAGCUAGAGGAGGGUAUAACGUCAAACUUACAUUUUUGACGUUUGACAUUGAGGACGAGAAGGAUUGUGGAUAUGACUAUGUUGAGAUUUUCAGUGGACUGGAUUCUAGUGCCCCGACUUAUGGAAAGUAUUGCGGAAUGAAGAAACCGUUCGACAUCAUAUCCACCCAUGAAGCUCUACUGGUGCGCUUCAGAACUGAUGAAACUCUGGUCAGCAAAGGCUUCAGUCUCGUCUACGAAGCCGUCGAAAUAGCAUUCAGCGAAGAAAUAGAAGUGUAAAAGUGUUGCUCCAUUGUAGAAAGUCUUCUAUUCAAAGUUCGUCAUAGAAACCGCACAGCUGAUGCUCUCAGAUGUCAUUUUUCAAUUUUCAGAAAAGGAUCGUACCAUUUAGGAAAUUAAAGAACCAUUUUUCAAAUUGCGACUUCAUAGAAACGAUAUAGUCGAAAAAUAAGUAAGAAUCUCUUGUUUUCCUUUCGUAUUGCAAACAAAACACUUUUGGCUCUGGAAUAAGAUUGCAGAAUAAAUAAUAAAAACGAUCAUGUGACACGUUUCUUAUUUUUUUGCAGUCUUAUGUUCCGAGCUUACAAGCCUAGCGUUUACGCUAGAUCUAUUGAUGGUAUGAAUAGGGAACUUGAUGUAGUUAGUUGAAAUGUGUAAGAAUUUCGAGAUCAUAUCUCUCGAACUUGGAGAUAAUAGGAUUGUACUUAGAGCUGGAUGUUAGACGAAAUGUAUAAUUAUGUAUGUGAAGAAAAUGUGAAAUGUGGAAUACACAUAACAUAGUUUCCUUACCUGGACUAAAAGACGAUGUGGUUUAAAAAAACAUGUUUCCGAAGUGCUAAUACGAGGGUUGAUCUAGAAAUAGGGUCCCCAAACAGGUUCAGCCACUCUGGAAAGCGCAAGGCGAAAUCUGGCAACACAAUUAUCAUACGUUUGGCAACGCUGUGCUAAGCUUAGAAUGGCGGGCACAACAAGGCAUGCAGCGGUGUUGCCGGGUAUCGUCUCACACCUUCCAGUUUGGCUGGAGCGCUUUAGGAAUCCUAUUUCUGGAUCAGCCCUCGUAUUUUAGCACCGAUGGUCUCGGUAAAUUUCGACUCAUACAGCUGCGUCUAUGAUUGCUUGACGGAUUUAUUUGACGACAGGACAAGGUUUUCAGGAACUCAUAAUAAAAAACAUCGCAAGAUAAUUCAGAAACUCAAUAGAAGGUAAAUCGUAUUUUUUUUUCUAAAAUUUGGCCCAUACUUAUUAUUUUAGUCUGUGCUCAAAUUCUCUACCACUAUUUCUCAGUCUAUUACAAUGUCUUCUGACCUCCUUACCGCUAUUAUAUCAAUCAGAGAUUUUUUAAACUGAUGCCAUUUCUUCUCAAACUGCCAUAUUAUAUUUAUUUCGCAAUUGAAGCGUGGAAAUUCAAAAGCGUCUCAAAAAGUGAUUGAUGAGUUAUUAAGGUGUUUUUUAUAAUAAAUAAAAGUAUAUUGCAGUGAAAAAUAUUUUAUUAAUAGGUAAUAAGUGUUUGAAAUACACAUUUCAAAAAAUUGAAAAUAGAGAAAACUUCUUUUACAAAAAAAUACCAAACUUAUAAAACUAUGAAACAGUCUAAGUGCCAAAGUAAUAUAGGUUUAAAAACAUCUAUGCACCAAUUAAAGUUAUUACAAAAAAAAACAAAAAACACGAACUUUAGGUUCAUUAAUACUUAAUUCGAUUUCUUGGCAUUGUCAAUCAAAUUUUCCCAACAACUUAAAUAUUUUGAAGGCAUAGACUCUAGCAUAUCCUCAAGAUUUUUAAUUUUCUCAGCCGACAUUCGAUUUUUGCAUUCAAGGAGAGGUAGUUCGACUACUAUGUCUUGUAUCCGUUUUACCUUCUUUAACACAUUGCACAAAUAUUCUUAGUUGUCACCAUAAUAUCAACAGUUUCGUAAAAAUCGUUAAAAAGUGAUAGUAUAUGUUCUCCACUGAGGCUACGGCACUGGAACAUGCAAGAACAUGAAGCCUAUAAAAGGGAAAAAAAAGUGAGAACCAACUUCCAUUUGUUCAUUCAUUUCGAGUAAUAAUACGGUUAUAACCUCAAAACUUCUUCUUCUUUAUUCCUUAUGGCUUCUGUACAAGUGUACAAUCCGCCAGAACCUCAAAACUGCGAUACAGCAAUGUGUAAUGAAUUGGCACUUAGACGGUUUUUCCGUAUAAUUGAGGACCAGACUUAGACGUGGCGCCAUCUUUAAACCGAGUAUUUAAAGAUAUUAUAGUGACUAUGGUUAGACUCUUUUGUACAGGUAUGUUAUUGACUUUGGCACAUAGACUACAAUAAUAAUAGAAUUCCAAAUUUGGGCCAUCCGGCACUUCACGCUUUUGAAUUUCCUAUAUUCAAUUAUUAUUAUACAAUUUUUUUUGUUCCUAAAGUGAAAAUGCUAAUUUGUUCUCUUACUGAUAUUUUAUAGACGAUUGUACAAACUACUGUCUAAUUUAUAACGUAUUUUAGAAUAAUGUGUCUAGAUGUAAUAGUAAAUGUAAUAGAAAAUAAAAGGUAGGAUUUUCUUGUA